CAGCGCAAUCGUAAAUCAGAACGAAAAAAAACGCAUAUAAACGCCUCCAAUGAGUAAUCUGUUCAUCACAUAAUCCGAAAAUGUUCGCAAAGGUCAUUUCGAUAUUUGUAUUAUUUGCGCUGUCUGGAUUUUCAGCGCUGUUGUCCUGGAAUAAAGGGACUGGUGCGGAGGCCCACGAUCUCAAUGGAUUGGAGCGUCAUUUCCAAUAUGAGAUUAAACAGUUAAGUGUGCCGGUGGAUCACUUUAGCUUUUCGAACAACUCAACGUUCAACCUUCGUUAUCUUUACAACGACACCUUUGCCGAGAAGAGUAAUCCACAACCGCCGAUCUUCUUCUACACUGGCAACGAAGGCGACAUCGAAUGGUUUGCCCAGAACAGCGGUAUGGUCUGGGAGCAGGCCGCUAGAUUUAAGGCUGUUGUUGUGUUUGCCGAGCACCGCUAUUACGGAAAAUCAAUGCCGUUUGGCAGCAACACGUUCAACUGUACUAAGCCGGAGCAUUUAGCUUACUUCACCGUGGAACAGACAUUGGAAGAUUUUGCCAUGCUGAUAACGUUCCUGCGUGGAGAUCGCCAAAUGCCAGUUGUGGCUUUUGGUGGAUCAUAUGGUGGUAUGCUAGCGGCCUGGUUCCGCAUGAAAUAUCCACAUAUGGUGAUCGGAGCACUAGCCGCCUCUGCACCUAUUUGGCAGUUUACUGAUUUGACGCCCUGCGAUAUCUUCAACAAGAUAACCACAUCGGUUUUCCAGACGGCCUACAAUGCGAACUGCACUACAAAUAUUGGCCGCUCGUGGAAGCUGUUUGAGAAGUUGGCCGGCAGUGAUGCGGGCAAGAAGCAAAUUGCUGAUGCCUUUCAUCUGUGCGAUCCUAUCAAAAGUAGCGAUGAUUUGACAAAGUUCCUAGACUACCUGGAGGAGGUGUACUAUAACUUGGCCAUGGCUAAUUAUCCUUACAAUUCAUCAUUCCUGGCGCCGAUGCCCGCCUAUCCAGUUCGUCAAGUGUGCUUCUAUUUGAAGGAUCUCCAUGAGAAUGAUGCCGAUUUGCUUAAUGCUAUAAGCAGUGCUCUAGCCGUCUACACCAACUACACGGCCAGCGUUAAGUGUCUUGACUACAAGGACGUUAAUAAGGGUUCCAGCGCCGACAGCUUUGGCUGGAAUAUACAAGUCUGCAAUCAGAUGGUUAUGCCUUUUUGUGCCAACAGCAGCGAUACCAUGUUUCGCACCAAGCCAUGGAACUUCAAAGAGACUGUAGAUAAUUGCAUUAAGAACUACGGACUCACGCCCAGACCGUAUGACAUUAUAAUGCGAUAUGGAGGAAAGAAUCUGAACGCAGCCAGCAACAUAAUAUUUAGCAAUGGCCUGCUUGAUCCAUGGAGUGGCGGUGGCGUUUUGCAAGCCCCAAAUGAUCUCAUUCAGGUCAUUAUAAUACCGGAGGGAGCUCAUCAUCUUGACCUGCGUGAAAGCAAUCCCGCUGAUCCGCCUUCAGUGCUCGAUGCACGCGCUAAAGAGGCGAUCAUCAUAGCUAGAUGGAUCGAGCAAUUUUAUUUAAAUAUUCAUUAAAUUGCAAUCAUACAUGCCUGUAAUAAUUAUCAAUCAAAAUUUUAGUUAAAUGUAUAUCUUAUCAAGUGCUUAAAAAACAUCUUUGGUAAAUAAAAUAUAUUUGUUAUCUUUCUUGAAAUAGCA